AGAAAGUACAACGAAAAGUGUGAGCUAAUAGUUAGUUAUUUUUAUUAUUCAUAAACAUGCUCCGAUGCGCACAAAAAUUGGGCUCCAAAUUUAUGUGUUCACCGCAAGUUCCACUCGCAACCAGCGUCCGAUGGCUGCCCGAAUCGACCGCAAUCCGAUGGCCGAACAUUGCAUCGUUGAGGUGUCUUCCGGUCUGAUAAAAGGCUCGAUAACUCGCCUGCCCGGCGAUGCUGCUGCUCCGUGCUACAGCUUCAAAGGCAUUCCGUAUGCGAUCCCACCCGUUGGACCGUUACGGUUUCGCACACCCCAACCGUUACCGCGGCACCCUGACGGCCUCCUGGACUGUACUACCGAGCGGGCCGUCAGUUUGGCGAGCAGUUACCUUCCACCGGACGCACAGCUCGCGUCGGAAGAUUGUUUGUUUUUGAAUGUUUACUCACCGAUAAACCCGCACGAUGGCGGGCGGACGGCCGGUGUGCCGGUGAUGGUGUGGCUACACGGUGGUGCCUUCUGUACCGGAAGCGGCGACUCGUCCAUUUACCAUCCCGAGUGGCUCGUAGCGCAGGGCGUGCUGGUCGUCACGGUGAACUAUCGGCUAGGUCCGGCCGGGUUCCUCUGUUUGCCGUCGCUCGGUAUCUACGGCAAUAUGGGGCUGAAGGAUCAGCGCCUGGCACUGGAAUGGGUCCGCACCAACGUACGCAGCUUUGGCGGUGAUGCUGGUAAUGUGACGCUGUUCGGGGAAAGUGCUGGCGCGGUCUCGGCCCACCUUCACUCGCUGUCCGAGCGAUCGAACGGGCUUUUCCAACGGGUGAUAUGCCAAUCUGGGGUGGCCACCAGUUCGAUUACGUUUCAAAAACAUCCGGAGCGUAAGGCACGUCGAUUGGCGGAAUAUUUUGGCUGUCCGGCGGGUGCGUCUGAUGCUACGGUUUUGGAAACUCUCGCCAACGUAGACCCGGCACUGUUGGCCAAAUCACAAAAGGAAGCACUUACACCGUACGAGAGGACGCUCGACUCGGUGUACCCGUUCCGGCCGGUUGUAGAGUCACCCGAAUCGGGUGACGCAAUUAUCGCGGAGGAUGUGUUUGAGCUGUUGCGCCGUUCGGCUGAUGGAUCCGGCAAACCGAUGAUGGUCGGAGUGAACAGUGAGGAAGCACUGUACAAGAUAAACACCUUCCGGCAACAUCUGCAACGAUACGCGGAGGAUAUUUGUCGCUUUGUUCCUGAGCUGUUGAACGUACCGGACGAUGAACGGUCCCUGGUAGCGCAACGAAUUAUCGAUUUCAACUGCGGACCGGCUGGCGUAUGUCUGGAGAAGGAGUUGGAGUUGAGCCGCAUUUUUACGGACACUUUGUAUCUGAUUCCUGCCGUACAAGCUGCCGAAUUGCAGCUAGCGCAUCGGCAAGGCGACAUCUUUUUCUACCACUUUGGAGCUGAGACGGAACUGAACAAAUUCCGGCAGCUGUGGAAGGUGCCGGCGGAAUAUCGAGGUGCAAGCCAUGCAGAUGAUGUUUGCUAUCUGUUUAGCUCGAGUUACCUCGGAACGGAUUCAGUACCGAAGGAUUCGCCCGCUUGGCGGUUGCGGAAAGCGAUGUGCUGUCUGUGGACCAGCUUUGCCAAAACGGGUGUCCCACGGACGGAAGAUGCGGACUGGACAGCGCUAAGGCAGCCUAAUGGAGAGUCGUUUAGACUAUCAGCGUUAAAAAUAGGGCACGAUAUGCGGAUGGUAGAAACCCUUCACGCCGAUCGUGUUGCUUUUUGGAGCGAACUGUUCAACAAGUACAGCAAAUCGUCCACAGUGAGCGGGUUUUGGAAGACCGUGGUGCGUUCAGUGCUCUGUAAACUUCCCACCAAGAUGGUUAUCCGCAAGCUGUACGUUCCGCCGACGGUCGUGAAGACAAUUCCGCUACUACCACCGCCGGCAGUGGAUCCAAACUUUCUGCCACCGGCUACCGCUUAUCAGCCUCCGGCCGAAGAUCUUCCGAUAAUCGUUGAGCCGGAAAGUACGAGCAAUGGAGGACCGCUGGUGUUUGCGGACGAUGUGGAGCUGGAGCUUGAACCGGGGAAAAUAGUGGGCCGCCGGAAGGUACUCCCGAACGGGUCGGAAUACUUCUCCUACCAGGGUAUUCCGUACGCCGAACCACCGGUGGGAGCGCUCCGCUUUAAGUCGCCGGUGCCGGUGGAAAAGUUUGCCGAGCAACCGCUCCAGUGUGGUGCCGAGAAGGGCAUCUGUCUGGGCGUUAUGUCACUGCCGGCGGGAACGACCGGCGGUGAGGAUUGUCUGUAUCUGAACGUGUACACGACGAGCGGGCCGUCCGAGACGCUCGGUAUGCUGAAGCCCGUUAUGGUUUGGAUUCACGGUGGUGGCUUUUACACGGGCAGUGCCAAUAGCGACUUUUACGGGCCCGAGUUUCUGCUACAGCACGGUGUCGUUCUGGUGACGCUGAAUUAUCGGCUCGGUCCGCUCGGGUUUCUGGCCCUCCCGUCGGUCGGAAUUCACGGGAAUCAGGGCUUGAAGGAUCAGCAGCUAGCGUUGCGCUGGGUGCACGAUAACAUUACCCGGUUUGGUGGUGAUCCAACGAACGUGACACUGUUCGGCGAGAGUGCUGGCAGUGCGUCCGUGAACUGGCACUACCUGUGCCCGCAGAGCCGACAGUACUUCCACAAAGCCAUCUGCCAGUCGGGAUCGGUCCUGUGUCCGUGGGGUUUGCAGUAUCAGCCCGAGGGUAAGGCACGCAAGCUGGCCGCCGUGUUGGGCUACGCAGGAGAGGAUGAUGCCGGUGUAUUGGAAACCCUGCUGAACGCAUCGGCCGAAGAUUUGGUGUCGAACUCCGCGAAAGCGUUCGAAGAGACGGAGAAAAGCAUCUACUUCGUAUCGCCGUUCAUUCCAUCGAUCGAAGAUCCUAGCUCGGAGGACGCGAUCAUUACGCAGCGUGGUGAGGAACUGUUGAAGCAACCGAACGUCACCACCAUCCCGCUGAUACACGGGCUGACCAGUGCCGAGGGUUUGGUGUUUUAUGGACCACUGCAGCAGCUGUUCGACGAGCUGGCAGGCAAUCUGGCGAUGAUGCUACCGCUAGAUUUCGGUGUGCCGCGCGAUUUUGCACCUGCCGUCGUGGAGGAGUUGCGCCAGUUUUACUUCCAGGACAAACCGAUCGAGCGGGAUGAGUUGCCACGGUUGCUGAAUCUGGUGGGCGACGUUGGAUUUAACUUCCCGGUGUGUGCGGCCGCCGAGCUGCACUCGAGAUAUCAGCAGGAGGCACCAUUGUACUUCUACCGGUUCUCGUACGAAAACGAGCUGAACCAGAUGCGCAAGCAGUUUAACGUACCGGACGGUACGCCCGGUGCAGCGCAUGCCGAUGAGCUACCGUAUCUGUUCAGUGGUAGCGAGUUUACGGUUCAGGUUGAACCCGGUUCCGGGCCCGAUCUCGCCCGUACCUUGCUGUGCCGUUUGUGGACUAACUUUGCCAAGUUUGGCAACCCCACACCGGACGGUGAUGAUGUCGGAUUCCAGUGGGAGCCACUACCACCGACCGCAGCCGGUGAACCCUUCGUUCUGCGUGCCCUUGACCUUAACGAGCAGGUGGAGGUGGUAGAGAAUCCGCUGCACGAGCGGAUACAGUUUUGGAAAUCGCUUGCGGAACGCUUCAAUCCUAACCUGCUCCCAUGAGCAAGGUCACACGGUGUACGUUAGGGCGGUUGGGUGUGGUCGUUUUUGUUCUGUUGCUUCUGGCCAGGUGGAUUAAGCCGUAUCUUCAUUCAUAAAGCUUAGAAAUGGAUAAUCCUCGCCAGCGAAGACAUGGAGCGUCGCGUGUGGAUGAAAGAUAA